AUGGAUCGCCGACGAGCUGGAACUGCUCGUCCCGCCUCAAGUGAAGAGGUUGAAUGCUGGUCGCAUGCUGCCAAGGCGCUAUCUAGUCUGUCCACACUAUACUCGACCAACACUAGUAGCGACACAGUUGGCCGGGUAAAUCGUCUCUCGUCCGUCUGGCCAAUGGAUGAAGUAAUACCCCCUCGUGGUCUCGAUGAGGUCAAGGUAAUAUACCGCAAACUAAUCUCUGGCUUGGAGGAGAUACAACAAUCAUCUGAUCGGGAAACCAAGGCUAUUGACGAUACCAUUGAACGUCUUGACGUCCUUAUUGGCUUUGCGCAAGGCGCCGGAAACAUCCGACAAGCGGACCAAGCGACCCAGACCGCCUUCUCCUUCCUUACCUGCCAUCUACCGGCGCGGGCAUCUGUGGGUCCAUCAGCUCCUCCGAUACCCUUUGUCCGCGAUCCAAAGGCGCGAAGGGAGGCUUAUUCAGCACAACUCCCUCUCGUGCCUGGCCGCAAAGUUGCUUUCCAUCAACCCUCAGGCAAACUCUCUGGACCCGGUGGCGCCAAGCCUGUUGCAGCAGCAGCGAGCACGCUUAUGGAAACGGGGGAAAAUUGGAUCCUCGCUGUAGUCGUCAAAUGCCUCAGUGCUGACAAACUCAAGUAUGAGGUUCAAGAUCCCGAGCCACAAGAGGAUGGUUCGCCCGGACUGCGUUACCACACCACGAUGCGAGCAAUUAUUCCACUCCCCGACCCCAGUGCUCCUCCUUCGUCCCCAUCACAUGUCUCAGCGUAUCCCGAAUUUUCACCAGGAAGUACUGUGAUGGCGUUAUAUCCAGAUACUAGUUGUUUUUAUCGCGCGGAAGUGAUUGCAACACCAAGACAAACGGGGCGGAGUACCCCCAACUCCAAACAUCUCUAUCGACUCAAAUUUGAAGAUGACGAAGACCAAGAGCAUUCAGUAUCGGCAGACCGCGUUGUCGAGUGGCCUAACUAA